CGCUCUGUAGGAUGAAGGAGACUCCAAGUUUUACUGUGAGCUCUGCAACAAGCAGUACGUGAGACAGCAGCAGUACGAGAACCACAUUAACUCCUACGACCACCAUCACAAGCAGCGCCUGAAGGAGCUGAAGCAGAGGGAGUUUUACAGAGCGCUGGCCUGCAGGAGGCAGAGGAGGCGCAGGGAGGAGAAACGAGAGGAGAGAGCGCUGAGGAGAGUUCAUCAGCGUGACGCGAGGCGGACCGGAGACUGCGCUCCGGGUUCUGGUCCAAUGUUCCGGUCCACUACAGUGGCAAUCGACCCAGUGAAUCAGCCCCAACCAAAUGUUGAACAGAACUGGGAAGCUUUCCAUCCGAGCGGCGCCGAACGGGCAACAAAACCACAGACCCAGCUGAUCCAACCAUUCCUCCCCCUCGAUCCCACACUAGAGUCCAGACUCCUGAGCAACACUGAUUGGGCGUACGGCCAAACGGAUGCAAACAACUCUGCAGCUGCUGCUGACGAACCCUGCAUCCUCAAAAAGACCCAUCUGGACUGCGGCCGCCUCAGAGCCAGCCACAUGAUAAACCCUGAUGACACAAACUGUACCGUUUCAAAGCACUUCUACAAGCAUCUGACGCCUCGUUGUUACACGAGUAACACCAUGACUCCUAUAGAUGCCCCAACAGCUACCACUGGCACAAAAUCCUGCGAGCACCCUGACUUGAACCCAAAUGACAACAGAAACAAGAUGAUGAGUACGGCUCACGCUCUGUCGGCCCCCAGCAGGCUUCGCCCCGUGUCCUUCUCCCUGCCAAAGCGGACCUGUGUCCUCCUGCACCAAUCAGCUGCGGUCUUCAUCCAAGCCGGACAGGGUUCGGGGUUGCCAGGGAAACAAGUAGGUGUGGCAAAUCAGGAAAGGACAAAAAACCUUGGGGAGAAAGUUGCUGAUCAGGGGCCAAAGUCUCCGGUGUGUUCGGAUGUGGAUCCCUGGGAUACUGGAAACCAGUGCAGUGCGGACAGGAAGAUUGAAUUCCGGCCUGCUGAGUCUGCUGACAAAGAACUCUUGGGACCGCCUGGGAAUAAAGCCCAGGUUUCCUCAUGCAAUCGCAAUGUGAUUGGAGAAGAGAACUUGACAAUUAGUGGGAGUGGAGCCCAGAUCUCUUUAUGUAAGGACAAUGGGACAGAAGCCCAACGUGGGAUUGAAGCUCAUCUUUAUUUAAACAGGGACACACCAGAACAGAUUUCUGACAGCAUCAGCACAGAUUCAGCACAGAGAGAGAACGAGGCCCACCUUCAAGAGACAAAACAUCAAGAAGAUGAAGAUCUGCUUUCCUCUGCCACAAAUCAUCCUGAGAAGUCUGAUUCUUGUGUCAUAAAUGAGAGUCCAAAAGAAUCAAGCCUCCCCUCAUUAACCUGUUGCAAUGCAUCAAUGCCUGUACCUCCAGAUCGUCCCAAAGAGCCUUUCUGUCAGGUUCUGAGCCGUGACAGAGGCAGGGUUCUUCUCUGGCCCACAGAGAUGGUAAACUACACCAAAACAUCGCCCUCCAUAUCCUACAGCGUCAACCCUCUACUGUACGACUUCAGAGCCCAUCACAAGGCCAAAAAAGGGGGUACAGAAAAGAAAGGAGGAAUAGAGGAAGGGAGAGAGAGAAUAAAGCCAUCUGUGAUCAAACAACCUGACUGCCAAGAGAGGCAUGAAGAUACAGAGGGAGGAAAGGAAGAGAAGAUAGAUGAAAGGAGAAAAGAGGCAGAGGGAGGACAGGCGGGAAAUCCUGUGGAAGUUGUCGACCAUUGUGAUGGUAGCGAUGCAAUCCAGGGCCGCUCCAGUUGCCGUGAUGAAACUGCUUUAAAAUUUGUUCCCCUCUCUGCAGAAUGCCACCAUGAGCCAGGCCUUCAAAAAGCAGCAAGGAGAAGGAGAAGGAGGACAGGGAUGGGGAGGGGGACAAAGAGGAGGGGGAGAAAGAAAAGAAGAGGAAAGGCGGAUAAAAAAGACUCGGAAAAGGGAAGGAUAAUGAGUCCCUUCUUUGCAAGUCAGAUGUUUGAAGGGAGAGGGGAAGAGAAGCUGAAAAGAGAGGGCAACAUAAAAGACGAGAGGAGAGAUAAAGAGCUAUUAAGUAAUCUCACUGCAAAUCAGCUGGUAGGAGAGAGAGAAAAGAAGACGAGGGAAGAGGAGCAAAGGAUGAGAAGGGAUCAGAUGAUUCGAGAGAGGGCAGGUAGAAAUGACGAGAAGAGGGGAGAGCUAUUAAGUAAUCUUCCCAUGAAUCGGUGUAAUCGGUGUAACCAGCUGUGUGUGCAGGUGAAGCGGGAGGCCAGCCAGCAUCAAUCCCACCAAUCAGUCUCCGGAUGGGGCCCAGGGCUCAGAAAGCUCCUCUGCAGGGAUGCAGCAUGCUGCUCUGUGAUUAGCCACGUCCCCAAGUCUGUUAUGGAGACACCACGCUGUCCCGCAAUUACACCCGGCCCUGCUGAGGAUGACAAAGGGACGGGAGUGAUCCACAAAGACACGCAGGCGGGGAAGAAGGAGGGCGGGCAGGAGCAAAGGAAUCCAAGGAGCGGCAAGAUAAGAGGCGCCGAGGAAAACACGUGUAAGCUAGCGAUUAGUGGUGUUACUUUCCCCCGUCGAGACGCUGCAUGCGAGGAGGAAAUGUGUCUCGUUCCUAGACCUCACGGAGAAACGGCAGGAAAUCCAACGAUUAGCCCUAUCCCCGCUUCCUCCAGAGACGCAGCAUGUGGUCAAACACAAACAAUACCUGCAGGACAAAGCUGCACCACGACAAUUGAGACCCUGUGCUGUUUGGAAGGAGAGCCGAGAAUCGGAUCGGCCUGCAGGGAAGUAGCUCCCCCUCCCGCUCAUUUGCUUGCAGGAUUGUCCAGAAAGAGGAAGGGAGGAUCACCGGAGCCAGCGGCACCUAAGAAGAAACGAAGACGAGGUAGGAGGCAAUUGAGGAGAUUCAUGAAUGUUCUACUCAAGAGGCAAGAAAGAAAUCAGGUUAGCUUGACCUCUGACCUCAGUGACAAAGGGGACUGUUGUUGUCAACACAUUCCUACAGACUGCAACCCAAUCUGUAGGACCCAACAACCCCUGAACCACAACGCCAACACUGACAAGGAACCACUUAGCUGUGGUUCUGACGAUCAAGACAAGCCCUGCUGUUGUGAUGAGAGUCACGGAACUGCUAAUGACCGCAGUCAGUUUGACUGUGAUCGCUCUGAAGACUUGACACAACUCAGCGACUGUCACACCUGUAACACCUCAAUGCCGCACCGACAGGGAGCUGAGCAGUCCAUCAGGGAUGAUGGACUUAAUUCUGCCUUCUGCUGUGAUCACGAUGCAACUUUUAUCAGAGGAUGUCAUGUACGUUCGGUUGACCGGAAUCCUGAUUGUACUUUGAACAAAACAGAACCAUUAGGGUGUGUACAGUUAACAGGUACCCUCAGAUGUAGCACCAACGACCUUUGUCAGUGUGAAGACAAGCACACUAAAACAGAGUAUCAAAGCAUAACUGAUGACGCUUUUCGUCGCAGUCGUGAUUCUGUCGAUAAAAUUGUCAGGAGCGGUCAGAGCAAGGAGGGUGAAACCGAAGCACAGGGUCAUGACAGCGCCCCCCUCUCUGGUCCAGACGGUGGUUAUAGGAGCAGCCGGGCUGUUCAUCAGACUGAAACUGACAGCAGUCAGUGCCAUGGUUUCAACAGUAAUCCUGAUUGUAAUCCCAGCAGUAAUACUGCUAAUAACACCAGCACCAGAAACGAAGCAGAACAUGUACACACCGGGGAGAGGCAGAGGAAGGAGGAGGAGGAAGAGAAGCGGCUGGAGAGAAAGAGGGAGGAGUGGGAGAAGGAGUGGGUGAGGAGGAAGGAGAAGGAGGAACGGGAGAGGAGGAAAGGGAUAGAGUUGGAGCAUCUGUUUUCAGAGAAGAGGCAGUGCUUUCCUCCUCACCUCCCCCCACGCUGCAUCCCCCUCCAUGCUCCGCUCCUCCUCCAGCCGUUCCUCUCAUCUUCCUCUUCCUUCUCCUUCCACCACACCUUCAUCCAGCACAACCUCUCUCUUCUGCCACCUCCAUCACACCUCCCGCUCUCCUCAUACCCACACCUUCUACCCCCCUUCCCCCCUCACCUCUCUUCUCUUGCCCCUGCUCCUCCACCGCCACCCCCUCCACCUCUUCCUCCUUCAUUCUAUGCUUCCUCCCCCAUCCCGCUGCUGGACGCUCCCAGUCCGUACCCCUUAGCAGCUUUUCACCACCCAUCCCUGUACCCUCCUCCUCCUCAUCCAGCAGUUCUGCCCUUACAGGUAUUACUGUAGGCUGCCAUUCCCCAAGACAAGUCCCGCAUCAUUGCCUAAAUAUCACAUCCAAGGUGGAAUAUGAGUCAUUUUAAGGAGAGCAUAAUCAGAAAACAAAGUCUAUCUGUCUUCAUGCAGAGCCUCUUGGAGUCCUUACACUUCCAAUACUGAUUCAUAUCUCUGGAACAAAAAAAAACCCAUAUAUAUAUAUAU